AUGGGCAAACGAAUCGGCCUGUUGACCUCUGGCGGCGACGCCCCCGGCAUGAACGGCGUCGUCCGGGCGGUGGUGCGGAUGGCCAUCCACUGCGACUGCGAGGCGUACGGCAUCUAUGAAGGCUACGAGGGCCUCGUCCAGGGCGGCGACAUGAUCCGCCAGCUGUACUGGGAGGAUGUACGCGGCUGGCUGCUGCGCGGAGGCACGCUGAUCGGCUCUGCGCGCUGCGCAGCGUUCCGCGAGCGCGCCGGGCGCCUGGCCGCGGCGCGCAACCUGAUCCUCAAUGGCAUCGACGCCCUGGUGGUGUGCGGCGGCGACGGUAGCCUGACGGGGGCAGACGUGUUUCGGGCGGAAUGGACGGGCCUGCUGGAUGAGCUGGUGGCGACGGGGACGCUGACGGCGGAGCAGGUGGCGCCGUACGCGACGCUGAACAUCGUCGGCCUGCUGGGCUCGAUCGACAACGACUUCUCGGGCACCGACGCGACGAUCGGGUGCUACUCGGCGCUGACGCGCAUCUGCGAGGCGAUCGACGACGUCUUCGACACGGCGACCUCGCACCGCCGCGGGUUCGUCGUCGAGGUGAUGGGCCGAUACUGCGGCUGGCUGGCCCUGAUGGCCGCCAUCAGCACCGCCGCCGACUGGCUGUUCAUCCCGGAGAUGCCGCCGCGCGACGGCUGGGAGGAGGACAUGUGCUCGAUCAUCACGAAGAACCGCGACCGGGGCAAGCGGCGCACCAUCGUCAUCGUGGCCGAGGGCGCCCAGGACCGCAACCUCAACCACAUCGCCUCGGCCAAGAUCAAGGACAUCCUCACCGACCGGCUGCAUCUCGACACGCGCGUCUCCGUGCUGGGCCACAUCCAGCGCGGGGGACCCCCCUGUGCGUAUGAUCGCUGGCUGUCGACUCUGCAGGGCGUCAAGGCCGUCGAGGCCCUGCUGGCGCUGACGCCCGACACACCCUCGCCCGUGGUGACCAUCCGCGAGAACACCAUCGGCGUCUCGUCGCUGGCCGAGACGGUCAAGCUGACGCAGGAGACCGCCGCCAGCAUCGACGCCAAGCAGUUCGACCGUGCCAUGACCCUGCGCGACUCCGAGUUCCUCGACUACCACCGCGGGUACCGCCAUCUGACCACCGCCGACCACCCCAAGAUGCUGCUGCCGGACAGCCAGCGCAUGCGCAUCGCCAUCAUCCACGUCGGCGCCCCCGCGGGCGGCAUGAACCCGGCCACGCGCGCCGCCGUCGCCUACUGCCUGACCAAGGGCCACACGCCCAUCGCCAUCCACAACGGGUUCCCCGGUCUGUGUCGCCAUCACGCCGACAAGCCCGUCGGCUCCGUGCGCGAGGUGAAGUGGCUCGAGGCCGACAACUGGGUCAACGAGGGCGGCUCCGAGCUGGGUACAAACGUCGGCCUGCCCUCCGAGGAUAUGCCGACCACGGCACACUGUUUCGAGCUCUACCGCUUCGACGCCCUGUUCCUCAUCGGCGGCUUCGAGGCCUUCACGGCUCUGAGCCAGCUGCGCAUGGCGCGCGACCGCUUCCCGGCCUUCCGCAUCCCGCUCGUCCUGCUCCCCGCCGCCAUGUCCAACAACGUCCCCGGAACAGAGUACUCGCUGGGGAGCGAUACCAGCCUCAACGCGCUGGUCUCCUUCUGUGAUGUGGUGCGCCAGUCUGCCAGCUCGUCGCGCCGCUGCGCCUUUGUGGUGGAAGCCCAGGGCGGGAAAUCGGGGUAUCUGGCCACCACCACCGCGUUAGCCAUCGGCGCCGUCACGGUCUACACGCCCGAGCAGGGGAUCAGUAUCCAGCGCCUCACCACGGACAUCACGUACCUGCGGCAGAACUUUGCGCUGGACCACGGCGCCAGUCGCGCGGGGAAAGUCAUUGUGCGUAACGAACGCGCCUCCGCCACGUACAGCACGGCGGUCAUCGCGCAGAUGAUCAACGACGAAGCCCACGGCCGCUUCGAAGCGCAGGGUGUUGUUCCCGGUCAUUUCCAACAGGGCGGCAAACCCUCGCCUAUCGAUCGGAUCCGCGCGUUCCGGCUCGCGAUCAGAUGCAUCGACCAUCUUGAGACCUUUGCGGGUAAAUCACACCAGGAGAUCGUCGACGAUGACCUCUCCGCGGCGGUGAUCGGCAUCAAGGGCUCGCAUGUCCUUCUCUCGCCCAUGGGUGGGCCGGCGGGCGUCGAGGCCACAGAGACGGACUGGGAGGGUCGGCGGCCAAAGCAUGAGCCCUGGCUCGCUCAUCGGAAGCUCGUGGAUAUCCUUUCCGGUCGCGCGGCCGUCGAGACGGGCUUGAACGGCGAUCGCGAGGGCUGGGGAUGUUAUGAUAGUGGGAAUAGUUCGUCGAACUGA